UUUACUCAAUGAACUUGACUGAACAAAAGAGAAAAACAAGUAGUAAAUAAUGUAUCAAAAUAUUUUUCCUGUAAAACAAAUGUUUUAUAUUGCUUUUUUAAUAUAAAGAUCACGGCUAUGUUCGUUCUAUAAACAAAUAGACAAGAUGAUACCAUCAUGAAUCCAAUUUGUUUUUAUUUUUUGUUAAUUAACUGCAAAAGCAAUGAAUCUACAAUCAUCUUUUUUUCGCGACUUAAAAAGUUCGUUUGUAAAAAGAUAACAAAUUAAUUUCGGCUUAAAUACUGGAGGAAAUCAUCUAAUUUCUAUUCUGAAAACACUGCGAGAUAAUCCUCAAUGCAAAUUCACAUUUUUCAUCUUUUUCUUUUUGCGAAAAUGUUUUUUUAUUUAUUAAUAGACAAAUCCGAAAUGAUCUACAUAGAGGGAAUUUGUGUAAUAUUUUUUUUUGUUAAUUUGUUUAAAUGAUCAGCCAUCAGUAGACUGCGAACUAUUUGCAAGCGUGUGUCGUCUGGCGUGCUAUUAAAUUUACCCUCUAUUUCGUUUUUGAAAAUACCAAAACAUAAAAAGCAAUUUUAAUUUCUUCCCUUUAGAUUUAAACAAUUGUAAUAUUUACUAUUUGUUUAUAUUGAUUCGAUGUAAAUCGUAUUUUGUAAAUAUAUCAGUGGUUGGUUAUAACUUAUAAGUGUUUUGAAUGGAGUACGAAACUUCAUAUGAUACCGGCUUGAAGCCAUUUAAUCAUGAUAAAAAUCGAGGCAAAUGGGCAUCUUCAAAGGAUUUCUUCUUUGCAUGUGCUGGACAUGCUUUUAAAGCAGACGCAAUUUUGGUUAUGCCAAUUUUAGUAUUUGAAGACCUUGGAAUUUAUGCCUUGAUUCCGUACUUAAUAAUUUCGGCAAUUUGUGUUGUUCCCAUUGUAUUCAUUCAAUCAUUUCUUGGACAAUUUUCAAGUUCUGGAUUUAUAUCAGUCUUUCGGAUAGCUCCACUAUUUAAAGGCAUUGGACAUGUUUCAUUAUUAGUUAAUGUUUUAACAUUAACAUAUUACAGCGUAUUUAGUGCAAUACCAUUGUUUCAUUUAUUUCAUUCAUUGAGACCAACAAUACCAUGGAGUUGCGAAGGAGCCAAAGAAUGGAUGGAAAUAGAGGAAAUUAAUAAAUCGUUUUGUAUAAAUGCGAAUAACACGUACACACUUAAAGUACCAUCUGUCCAAUUUUUCAUCAAUCAUGUAAACAUUGCGAGCUCUUAUGAUGAAGUUAAGGAAAACACAUUUUCCUUUCAGCUCAUACUCUGCACCUGCAUAGUUUGGGCUAUUGUAACAUUUAUCAUUUUAAAAAAUACAGAAUUUAUAGGGCGAUUUGUAAGAUAUUCAUUCUUGGCUGUGAUAACACUCAUGAGUAUCUGCUUAAUUCGUUUUAUUUUCCUGCCAGGAGCAAUUAAUGGUUUAUGGGAAUUUUUAUUUCCAUCUACUGUUCGAAUUUUUUGGGAUACAUGGCUUUUUCUCCCAGGCUUAACCUUGUCAAUAUUGGGUCCUGGUUGGGGAUCAAUUCUAACAAUGGCAAGCUUUAAUGAUUUCAAGACGAAUAUAUUCGGCUAUAGUUGGGCGAUGUGUUUGGCGCAACUUGGACUUAUGCUUGGGAUUGCAUUUUUGUCAAUUUUUAUUAAAUAUUUUAUGAUAACAAUCAACUCAAGUAGUACUUCGUAUCUUGAAUUCACUCAUUUGCAGUGGUUGGAGUUCCUGAGUAUUGGAACAGCUUUAACAUAUCUGGAAAUUCCGCACUUUUGGUGUUUGUUGUUCUUUGGUAUGUGGACAUUGGGAUCUUUGAAUAUUUUGGUUAUUCAACUUUUGUCUCUGUUAACGUCAUUGUUUGAUGAGUUUGAGCAACUUAGGGAAAACAAACAAAGGAUCAUUUAUGGAACUGUUGGAGUUUUUGUUGUGACUUCAAUACUUUUCUGUUCAAAUCAUGGAGUCUAUUCUUUUGGAGUUCUUUCAAAAUAUUCAAUCCUUACACAAAUGAUUUUGAAUUUACUUUUAAUAUUGGUUGUUCUUUGGAUCUAUGGACGUGAACGCUUCCAACGUGAUUUAAACUUUAUGACAUCACGUACUUAUUCAACGUGGAUGGUUUAUAUCGUACGAUUUGUUGCUCCAAUUUUCCUAUUGGUUGCUUUGUUAACUGGAUUGAUAAUACUUAUGGAAUUUGACUAUGCUCCAUCGUCUAAUGGCAUAAUAGUGCUUCUGUUUGUAACUUUGAUGUUCCUUCUAUCUUGGUGUCUGAUUCCUGGUUAUUGCAUCUAUAAGAUAAAACAUACUACUGGAAUAAUUGGCAUGCGUUUUAGAAGAUCUGUUCGACCGACUGAUUGGUAUCCGGCUGAUCCCGUUUACAAACAAAGAUACGAAGAGAGUUUCAACACAACAGACAUAUCACAUCAGCUCACUGUGGAAACUAUGGAAUGAGUCUGAGAUAAAAUGUAUAUAAAUUCAAAACUAUAAGUCGAUUGAAAAAUAAGAAUUUAAAUCUUUUGUAAAAGAAAAACAUUUCUUUUGUGUGUUCAAGUUGUUUCAAAAUACUGGUUGAUACACAGGAAAAAACUUAAAAAUCAUUAAGUAAAUAAGAACACGCGUUUUCAUAUCAAUUUCUUGAGCAAUUUUUAAAGCACUAUAUUUCUUGAGAAAUUACAUUAUUUUAGAUUUAAACAAAGUUUUCCAAUGAGAAUAAACUCUUUUCAUAUUUUGACAUUUGAUAAUUAAGAA